AUUCAUGAACACCUUCCAACAGUCACUUGCGCUAUCGGCUUCUUGGCAGCGUGAUUCGCCCACGGGCUCCGAGGCAGGGCCCGAGACAGAGUCGGGGCGGGGGGUGGUGGAGGGGAGGGGAGGCCUGGUCCUCGCGCUUGCGCUGGUGCUGCUGCUGUUGGUGCUGUUGCUGAUGCUGAUGCCGGGAGUGGAUGUGUCGAGAACACGGAAACAGAAAACAGUGCCAUGAACACUACUGCAAGAUACGUGAUGCCACAUGCCCUGGCUGCUCAUUAGCCUACGGAUGCACUGGCCGAUGUCUUUAGUGGCGGCUUUUGCGGCCUAUUAUUUCGCGGACCACGGACCGCGGCCCAAUUGCCAACAGCAUCCGGCUCAUUCCUCCUGCCAUUUACGAGCGCUCUCCUUCUCCGCACCAGCAGCAGCUGCAGCACACCACCACUGGCGAGCGAUGAUCUUCCCGCAGCCGCACUCGUCCCGCGACUGAUGAUCUUGCUCUCCGGGUGUGUUGAUGAUCGUCUUGGACCUCUGUGGAAGUCGAGCUAUUUCGCAUUGCCACUCCCCUCGUAUGGCCAUGGCGGGUCGUUCUCUGCGGCGGUCGCAGCUUUCCCCGGUCGAGUCCACCUCCCGAUCGCGGUCGGAUUGAUUCGAUUUGUCAUCGCUUCAUGUCUUCGCUCGUUGCACGAGAGCCGCAUUCCUCUUCCUCUCCGCGGAGUUCUCAUCGGGAGGUCGUCGUCGGCCGAGCCCAUUUCAGCUCAGUCCUGCUCAGCUCAGCUCAGCUCAGCUCGGUCUGUUCUGCUGCUGCUGGUCAGAUCAGUUCGCAGGAGGUGAUACCUUUCGACUGUGAAGCAAUUUCUUUCGGCUACUCGAUUACGUCCUGCAGCAGCAGCACUGAGCUGUUUGGUCGCUGCGCGAAGAAACGGUUCGGCUCGCGGAAUUCUGAUGAGUUCUUGAUCAUCAUGACCGUCUAACUGAGUCAGGCCGACCGCGUCUCAGUCACGAGCUCGCGAGAAGAAGUUGGUGCCACCAAUUAUAUCUCGCCAAUUGAACCGCUCGUCAGUCACUUGUGCAUUCAUACACACUCAUGCACUCGUUCCCUGAGCUGCACAUUAUGUGGUAAUUUGUUCUUGCGUCUCCUGUUACUCAUCUUGGUUACGACUGAGCAUAUUGUUUGCAGUCUUGUCUUUCUUGUUGACACGUCCCCGUCCGUUCCGUUCGCUCUGGAGGCUUGCACCUGGCCUGAGCAGCUUCUUGGAGCAUUCAUAAUCGUCCCGUCAACCUUGGGCAUCUCAAAUUCAAGCCUCCUGCAGCCAUGUAGAGCGCCCAUCGAGCCCCGCUGCACCGAACCCGGACAAUCCUCGCGUCCAAGAAGGUGCCUUGGAGCUGGAGGACUGGCUUGAUCUCUGUCGACUGGUGACAGACAGACAGACAGACAGACUGUCAAUGAUCAAAUUGCUCGCGCAAAUCCCUUCAUGAUGGAGGAGAAGGACUGGUUUUGGCAAGAGGACUCUUACAAGCUCGACGCGGAAUCUCCAUUAGCCAUCUCUCGCUCACUUUGGGAUGGGCUCGCUCAGAGCGAGGCUGACUCGCGGUCGCUUUUUGCUUCGACACCGCCCACGAGCGAGCACGCGGAUUCCAGUCGGAUGCUAUCGUCCUUCUACAGAAAAGAGAUGGAGGCUAGCAAGGAUUUGUAUCCGGAUACUACUAUGCAAGACGGAAGCCCACGGUUGAAACGACGUCGUAUGUUGCUGUUCCCGGCCUCGAGGGACGAAGGCGGUCCGGGUGAUCCGGCCAUGGAUGCAAGCAUGGAGUGCAUGGAGUCUCACAUUGAGAGCUGCGGUGGCGGUGGUUCGAUGAUGCCACCCUGCGAAGAAUUCGAAAGACUCGAAGUUCCCGCGCCUUCUUCACCGAAUUCUCUUUGGUACCUCAGAAACGAUGAGACUCACUUUAUUAUGGACGAGGCGUUAGAACCUGCUGCAUCGGAUAAGUGGAUGUCACGAUGCUUCGUGGAAAUCCAAGGUCACCAACAGGUCGUUCCUAUCAGUGAGAUCUCAGGAUCCUGCUCAAUGAACCAACAACAGCAGGAAUGCGAGUUCGAGUUCUCUGAGAGCCCGUCCAUUUCCUUCGGAGGGCCUUCUACCCCUGGUAGCAGGUCAACCGUGCAAUAUAACAAACCAAAGUCAGUGACUCCUGUAGCCUAUCCCUUCAACCUCCUGAAACCGUCUCGAGCUCAGGGUGACGUCACUUUGACAGACAUCAAUCAAAGGCUGUCCAUGCCACCAUCUAGACCAUCCCAGUUCUCUGUUGACAAACGGCUAGUUCAGGCAGGUGCCGGGGGUCUGUCUGGAAAAUCGGUCGUCCAUCGUACCAAGAUUCACACGCAAGGGGAAGGAUGUAUAACCAUCAUGAGAACGAGAGGCUGAGCUCCCACCAGUGUGGCGAUUUUCGAAAAGCAAUAAUGCGGUGAGUUCAACUGGUUGAACUGGUGAUGGCUGGUGGCUGCCCCAAGGAAGUGAGAUAUCGAGCUUGUAUGCGCUAUGAUAGUUUCUGUGAAGUUGACAUGUGUGUAGCACUCUAAUCAUUUAUUGUACGCUUGCAUUUGAAUAUCGGAGUGAGCAAUUGUUGUCCUGCUUUGAAGAGAUCACUGUUAGUUAGGUCCAGCUCUAAGUAUUCGAGUGCGGAAGCCAGCCAGUUGGCAUAAUUCAUCAAUUGAAAUCUAUUUAUUUAUUUAGGUGGAGAAGCCGGGGUCAAUGUAAAUGUGUAUAGUGUUCAGCAGUACGUAUUACGGCUCUCUCAAAGGCCUGCCGAGUUCGGGAAUUCGUGUACUGUACAUAAAUAUAAGGGAUGACUUUCUCAUCCCAUCAGUUGUGGACU